AUGACUACUUUGGAUAAGCAAAAAGAGGAAAAGGGAGAAGCUGAUGAUGAGAACAGUCGUGUCCAUCGAGAGUGUGAGGCUGCCGUGGAUGAGGUACUUGCUUCCGUUAACACAGUUCAGUAUUUGAUUAAGAGCAUUGAAGAAAUUACACAAUCACCUUUUCUUCGUGAACGUAUCAAAUGUGUCUCGCUACGUCCCAAUAAAAAUAGCGUCAAUAAAAAUAGUAACAACACGAAUAUAAACAAUAUGAAUAAUGAGAGCAGUGCUUUCUCAAAUGAGUGUGUCUCGGCGGGGUAUAUGUGGCAACGUGCUCGUGAGGAUUGUGAAAAGGGUGAUAUUCUCCUCAUUGAGGAAAACAUGGUGGCAGGCGCUGGCCGCACAUCAUCAACAUCAACAACAACAACGUCAGCAACACAAUCACAACAACCAUCCAAAUUCACGUUAGAUACGGUGGAGCGGAAUCUUCGCCAUGAACUUAUUCACGCCUUUGACGACGCUCGUGGGGUGAUUGAACCAGCGGACUGUACACAUCAGGCUUGUAGUGAAAUCCGCGCUGCUCGUCUCAGUGGUGACUGUUUUGUUGGGCAGGAACUCCGCCGUGGGCGACUAGACCCGCUGCACAGCGGCAUGUUGUGUGUGCGGCGGCGGGCUGCGAUGGCGCUGGAGACAAAUCCGGUUUGCCGCGGCUUCUCUGAUCGUGCGGUGGAGCGUGUGUUUCGCCGCUGCUACUCCGACUACGAGCCAUUCGCGGCUCCCAUCUACGCAAUGGGGAGCUACGGCGAUGAGAAGUUUGAUGUGCGGCUUUGA